UUAAGAUGAUAAAGACCGGGCUAACUUUGAAACUAUUCUAACUUUUUAAAAAAUUAUUUUCAAUUAAAAGGAAUUGAUUUUUUUCCUGGAUCACCUGACCCAUUUGAAUUUAUUUGAUAGCUGGUGAAUGAACAUAAAAGACAAAGAGAUAUCGAUCAGUUGAUGCACUCAUCGCAAUCCCGAUCGCCAAUCACAUGAUCAUCAGCUGAUCCAACCGUAACAACACCCUACAGCCACACAGUCAGCUGGUAGCAAGUAGCGGACAAAUCUACAUCCGUACCUUCUUCGCACUAAUUGUCUAUAACACUGACGGCCAGUCUCAAAACACCAACCAAACACUCCACCAAAAGAUACAUCAUUCUCUUUCUUCAUCAUACGCAUCAUCUUCAUCAUACGCAUUAUCUUCAUCAUCUCCACCACCGACGACCGCAUCCCCAUACAUAACAUUCCACCCUAUUCAUCAUGCCGUCUCCAAAAACGCCACCAUCUUCACCGACGACAUCCCAAACAAACCGACAAACAUCGCCACUGACGUCGUCACAAUCGACGCCACACUCACCGGCAGCUAAAUCGAAGACGCCGUGGAGCACGAGGCUGGCAGCAGCCCUCCUGCGAAGGAAGGCCAUCAAUUUUGAGGGGUCCGGAGAGCACGGACUGGCCAGGGUACUCAAUACUUUUGAUCUGACUACAUUAGGCAUUGGCUGUACGAUAGGAUCUGGCAUAUAUGUAAUAACUGGGCAGGUUGCAUUGAUGGCUGGCCCCGCAGUCUUGCUGUCCUAUGUUAUUGCUGGCUUUGCCUCCAUAUUUGCUGGCCUGUGCUAUGCAGAAUUCGGUGCCUUAGUUCCCAGGGCUGGGUCUGCUUACGUUUACAGUUACGUCACAGUCGGAGAGUUUAUGGCUUUUGUGAUUGGCUGGAAUUUGACGCUGGAGUAUAUCAUUGGAACAGCAGCGGUCGCUAGGGCCACUAGCGACUACAUAGACUCGUUGUGUGGUAGCCUCAUCAGCCAAUGGUUUGCAAAGACCCUCCCACUUCAUGCCCCAAUAUUCUCCGAGUAUCCUGAUUUGUUGGCUCUUGGUAUAAUUAUCGUGUUGACAGGUAGGCUGGGGCGGAGUUUUGUAAUGAUUGACAUACCAAAUGGCAACAAGACAGCAGACGAUCCGACUUACAACCACGGCGGGUUUUUCCCAUUCGGAGCUUCCGGAAUGCUGGCCGGGGCUGCCUCCUGCUUCUACGCCUUCGCCGGAUUUGACGUCAUCGCUACUACAGGCUCGCUCAUUAGCAUAAUAUAUUAA